AUGUCACAGAGCAGUAGUACAAGUGGUGACAUGGUUGCGGCAGGCAUCGGCCUGAAGCGCGGCCCGCCCUCGCCAGGGGAACAUAGCGCUAAGCAGCCAAGAACAGCAAAUAAGUCAGCAGAACAGAAAGAGCUCAACGACCUCCUUGGGUGGCUUGAGCAGACUGUCAUGCAGGAAAAAGGGAAGAAGCUGGGUGUCCUAAUCUCGGAAAAAAAUGAUGGUCAAACUCUCGAGACUUAG